ACUAAUAAGCCUAUAACUUACCGACAAAACCUACUGCUGCUACAUACUUAAAAAGACAGAAAUUUUCUGUAACACAAGAAUGUAUUGACGUAAAACUAUUAAAAAUAAAUCCUAACUUAAAAAAAGAUACAUACAUGAAAAAUAUGCCGGUUGAAUUAAAUAGUCUAACAGAGGGAUGGCUAGAGUUAGAAAGCGAUCCCGGAUUGUUUACAUUAUUAUUAGAAGAUUUUGGCGUAAAAGGAGUCCAAGUAGAAGAAAUAUAUGACUUACACAAACCAUUUGAAAGCCCUGUUUAUGGUUUUAUUUUUUUAUUUCGUUGGAUUGAAGAGCGACGAUCUCGUCGUAAAUUUGUAGAGCAGACGGAGAGUUUUGUCCGUGAUGAAGAAACAAUUAACAAUAUAUUUUUUGCACAGCAAAUGGUACCAAAUAGUUGUGCUACACAUGCCUUGCUAUCAAUUUUAUUGAACUGUCCCAAUCUUCACUUAGGAGAAACACUGAGUAGGCUAAAGCAUCACACACUUAGUAUGAACCCAGAAAAUAAAGGCUGGGCAAUAGGAAACACUCCUGAACUUGCUUGUGCACACAAUUCACAUGCUAUUCCUCAAGCUCGUAAAAAGACUGAUAAAAAUGCAGGAGUCCCAACUGGUCGCUUUACAGGAGAAGCUUACCAUUUUGUAAGCUUUGUCCCAAUCAAUGGUCAUUUAUUUGAAUUGGAUGGUUUAAAGCCCUAUCCUACAGAUCAUGGACCUUGGGCUACAGAUGAGGAUUGGACUGACAAGUUUAAGCGAGUUAUGGCAGAGAGGCUUGGACGAGAUGCCGGAGAACAAGUGCAUGAUAUAAGAUUCAAUCUAAUGGCUGUUGUACCUGACAGAAGAAUUGCACUUACACAAAGAUUAAGUUUAUUGGAAAUCAAUCAGAAGAGAAUAAAGGAAGCCAUCUCCAAAAUAGGAAAACAUUUACGAUAUCUUCUAAAUAAAAACAGAGAAUUCAAUGAUGAAGGAAUGUCACAAAGCAGUAGUGGUGAGCCAGUUAAUGAAAGUUCUAUUCAUAUAUGUGAAGAUGCAAUUCUCAAUGCUCUAGAUGCCUCCGAAGUAUCGUCUGUUGAUUUAGACUUCACUCAAUCAAUAACAAUUGAAAUUGGUUCAACAGAAAGAUCACAAUUUGACAAUUGCCUUAGCUUAGCUGAUCCUAUUGAACCUACAUCUGUUGUUAAAUUUGUUACUAUAAAUGGAGAAAAUCAGAUUCUUUCUGAUAUCUACCCAACUUCCACAACUGCUCUAGUCAAAAGUAGCAAUAUGCCAAUUGUAUUAUGUUCGGAAGUAGCGCCCGAGCAGCCACAUAGAAUGAGAAAAUUAUUAUUUACACAUUCGGAACUGAACUCACUCAUGAGUAGUAUUAUAGCUCAGGUAGAGUCAUGUCAGCAGGCUCUGAAUGAUGAAAAUGAUAAAAGGGAUAUGUAUAAGGUAGACGAUUGUCGUCGCACGCACAACUAUGACGAGUUCAUCUGCACGUUUCUGUCAAUGCUGGCGGAGCGCGGCGUGCUGGCGGAGCUGGUGGCGGCGCAGCUGGAGCGCGGCCGCAGCUCGCGCGCGCGCCGCCGCCGCCCGCGCCCGCGGCCCCGCGCGCGCCCGCGGCCGCGCCCCCGGGCGAGGAAGUAAAGGAUAUAAGGAAUUUUAAGGAUACAUUCCUUCCGAGUACAAAAUAAAUCCCUAUAGUAAGGCUGGCGUCUGUUAGUUUGUCUGUAGAGUAGGUCAGAAAUAUUGAGUUUGGUUUCAGUACAAUGGCAAGUGCUUUGACAGUUUCCAUUUUCAAUUAAGAAAGCAAGAACACUGACUGCAGUCACUUGAUCAUACAGACUUCAUUAUAAUUUAAUUUGAUUCCAUGUGAAACAAAAAUUGAAAAAAUUUUUUUUUAUUGAUUUAUGCUAAUUUGCAAACAAAUGCUUUUUACC